AUGGAAGACGACGAUGGAAGAGGCCAGAGAGUUGUGUACGACGGAAAGAGAAUGAGAAAAGCAAUUGCCAGAAGAAACGUAGAUUACAACGGGCCUCUUCUCAAGCAUAAUCUAGAGGGGAGAUUUGGGGCCGUCCAGAAGCACCCUCUUUACUCGAUUUAUGUUCCGCCCGUUACUGGCUCCUGCUCGCUCUCGAACAGCCUGACCGUCAACCUCGCGCACACCAGCAUAAACAAAAUACGCACGCCCAUAAACACGAUUCGCUACGCCCCGAACGGAAGGCGCCUCAUUUCCGGAGCAGCAACCGGCGAGUUCACGCUGUGGAACGGGUUCAGCUUCAACUUUGAAACAAUCCUGCAGGCCCACGACAGCGCGCUCCGGUCGCUCUGCUGGACUCCGCACGGCGACUAUUUGGUGUCCGGCGACCAGAUCGGCGUGGUGAAGUAUUGGCAGCCGUCAAUGAACAACCUGCAGCUGAUAGAGGCCCACAAAGAGGCAGUCCGAGACAUAAGCUUUUCCCCCAGGGGCAGCAAGUUCUGCACCGCCUCGGACGACGGGGCGAUCAAAGUGUUCGAUUUCCAGACCGCAAAGGAGGAGAGAAGCCUUACCGGGCACGGGUGGGACGUGCGCGUGGGGCAGUGGCACAAAAGGCAUGCGCUCAUUGCAAGCGGGGGAAAGGACAAUUUGGUCAAGCUCUGGGACCCCCGCGGGAAAGAGCUGACCACGCUGCACAUCCACAAAAACACGGUUCUGUGCUUGAAGUGGACAAACGACGGAGAGUGCAUUCUAUCCGGGGGAAAGGACCAGGUCAUUAAAAUGUUUAACCUGCGCGCAAUGAAGGAGGAGUUCACGCAUAAAGGCCACCAGAAAGAGGCAACUGCGCUGUGCGUGCAUCCGUGCCUGGACAGCCUCUUUGUGUCUGGAGGCGGCGAAGGCUCUGUGUAUAUAUGGCAAAAGCACAGCGAGUACCCGGUGCGCGUGAUACCGGACGCCCACGCUAAAACGAUAUGGUCCAUGGACUUUCACCCGAUUGGGCACACGCUUGCUACAAGCUCGGUCGAUAACACCGUUAAGUUUUGGAUCCGGCCCAGGCCCACGGCUGACAGCCAGCCAAGCGACGUCGAGGGCGUGGACGUGGACCAGGAAAGAAUUCCUGGGAUUGGAAGCUACCUGCAGGAGUAG